CAGCUCUAAAAAAGCAGGGCCAAGACAUCGUGAUUUUUCCUCACACAGUAGAAAUGAGGUAGCCAAAACCCGUAAUUCGGGUUCGAAAAUUCACAAAAAAAAAUGAACGGUGACGACGGCUUCGAUUGGUUAAGCGAAAGUGAACAGCAAUUUUCUCGAACUAUAGAAAAUCAGCAAAAUUGCGAUGACGAUUUGGCUCAGGAAAACGAAACUUUUCAACAGAGAGUGUGGUCCAGCUUCCAGGAAUCCGCCACGGCUGUUGCGCAACUUUAUAGAGAACGAUAUACGGGUGAACCAGGAAAAAUAUGGCUUCAAUUUCAAACAGCAGCGGGUACUGUGACCACCCUGUACAAGGAAUCCUGCGAGAACCUUAAAAAAACCACAGAGUUGGCUAGACAGAGCGGCCACCAAAAACGUAAUUCGGAAUUAUUGAAUUGGGCCAAACGAAAAAGAAGGCUCAUUAAAAGAGAGGAAUUAUUGGCCUUUUUAGCGGACGCACAGACCCCGCAACAUCAGGGCCAUCUGCCCCAAUAUCACCCCCUGCACCAUACCCAACCUUAUCAUAGAUCAUCACCUAAUAGGCGGAACCAAACGCCACCCCUGUUACACAGAGAAUCUUCCAUUAGCCCGCCUUAUCCAAUAGACCCCAAUCUUCACACGUUCAGAGAGGCUCUAGCGAAUUCCAGAAGGGGCUGCACCCCACCACAUCAUCCAGGGGCGGACCUAGGCACUUUUAUAGCUGGAGAAGUUGCUCGGCACGGGUUCAAGAGGUCAUCUUCACCUACGGACGUUUCUAUGGGCAGUCCUACUCAUCAGAAACGGCCUAGGUAUAUGUGACUAGUGGACGCCAAAAGGACGGGCACCUAGCAUCUGUGUUAAAACUAAUAAUAAUAGUGAUUAAAAAAUUCUAAUUUUAAUAAAAUUGUAAAAAUUAUUGAAUAAGUAAAGCAGAACCUAUUUUAGAGAUAUUUGGAAGUCUUGUGGUAAUUUUUAAUGAAAAGGGAAAAGUCCUGACAGAAGCUGAAGCUGAAACUGAAACUGAUCAGGAAACUCUACCAUCUUGAGGAUUCUUUGUCAAUUUUGGCUUCAGGUUCUUUUGCAACUCAAUUAGUUAUUUAUUAAAAAUCCCUAUACGCUUCUAGAAUAUCUCACAAUACUUAAUUUUUUCAAACCAGAUCUUUUAUUUUCAAUUUAAAUGGAUAUUAAAUAAUACCAAAUAUAUUUGUAUAAGACUUAGAUGUAAUGAAGCUAAUUUUGUAUAGUUGAAAAAAUUAAGUAGGGGCUACAUAAAAAUCAUCAGGGGUUAGGUGUUUCCAACCCAGGACCAGUGCAAAAAUGCCUACAUUAGGUCACUUUAAUCCAGGUUUUUUUUACUCAAUAUUUAAGGCCUUUGUAUAUAGUAUUAGGGUAUGAAUUGUUUUUUAGAUUUGUUAAUUAGUGAAAUGUUGCUUAAUUUUCUACUAUGUGGGUAUAAAUAAAUUAUUACAACUUUUUAUUAACGAAUAUGCCAUGUUCUUGUGCAGCAGAAAAUUAUGCAGAAUUUGCCAUCUGUUACCAUCAUAGUGUUAAUCAUCUCACUCGUAGGUGAAAAAAUAAAGGAGAGAGAAUAAUGAGAUCGACUUUAUUAUUAUUAUACUGUGAUUUUUUGCCACACAAGAACCUCUUUACAAAACUUUUAAGUUCGAUUAUUAAUAAAAAUGUGUUCAUUAAUUAAAAUAAUUAUUAUUUUUGUUUGUUUUUAUAUAGUUUUCCCUAAAUAAAUUUAAUUUAUUAUUUAUUCUUUGUUACAUACAAUUCAUUUUAAUUUGGAUAAUAAUCGAAAUUAUUAUCACAAUGCCGGCUAUUGAUAGUUAAUAUAUUUUUAGUUUAUUUUUGUACAAUCAA